AUGACGAACUUUGUGAGGAAAGGGGCGACAGGCCGUGUGAACGCAGCGCGGCUGUACGCCUUCAACAAGACGCUCAAAAAGGAUGCACUGCGGGAGCGCACCUACUGGGAGGAGAACAAGGACACCCACCCCAUCAACCGCUGGACCUACCGCCGUUGGAAGGAGCGCAACGAGGAGCUGUCCGUGUUCGAGGACAAACUGAGCAAGGUGCCGGUAGAUCAGAAAUUCAAAAUCAAGAAGCUCCUCACCGUGGCCAACGUGUCUGUCAUCGGUCCCAUUGUCUUGGUUGUGUACUUCACAUUCUGCUACUUCCGGUACCGCUGGUGGGGCAUUACGCCGAUCGACGGCACUAGCGCCAUCGCCCGCGGCAUCCAGAACCUUCCACGGCCACCAGGCUACUAA